AUGCUCGGGGCCUAUACCCCGACUCCGCUCAAAAAGGUGCACUACGGCCCUAAAUCGCUAGUGACCCAGCUCUUGCCUUCUAUCCGGUUCCUCCUCGCCCAAGCUCAGAACCAGGCUCGGAACAGCGAAGAUGGCGAGGACGUAAAAGAAGAGGAUGUUAAAGGGAAAGUCAUGAUCAUCACCGGGAGGAGUCUGAUGGAGAAGACGCCGGUGAUCAAGGAUGUGGAAAAGGUCUUGAUGAAAGCCGGGUUUUAUGGGUUGACUUUUUCGGAUAUCGCUCAACAUGCUCCUAUCAAGGACAUUCAACGAGCCAAACAACUCGCCCUAGAUAACGAGAUCGACCUGCUCCUCUCCAUCGGCGGCGGUUCCCCUAUUGAUAGCACGAAAGCCAUCUCCUACUUUGUACGAGAAGCGAAAGGUGGGAAGGGAGCGUUCUUGCCUCAUAUUGCGGUGCCGACCACGUUGAGCGUGGCGGAGACUACUCAGAACGCCGGGUACACCUCGGAAGAAGGCAAGAAAGUCGGCGUGAACAACCCUUCCCUCCCCCCUUCAAUUAUCAUCUACGACCCCCUCCUUACCCUCUACACCCCUUUACACCUCCUCAUCUCCACUGGUGUCCGCGCACUGGACCACGCCGUAGAAACCCUUUAUCGUCCGAAAGUCCCCAAGGGGGUCAAGGAUAUGGCUCUGUGGAGCAUUAGAGGGUUGAUGCAAGGUCUGAGGGAGUGUAAUGAGCUCGAGGGGAAGAGGGAGAAGAAGGGGGUAUUGGGGGAGGAGGAGGUCAGGGUUAGGACGAGGUUGAUGGUGGAUGCUUGGGAGGCGUUGUGGCCGUUGUCGAGCGUAGGAGCUUUGGGACUGUCACAUGCUUUGGGACACGCCCUCGGAGCGACCUACUCGGUCCCGCACGGCAUGUGUUCAUGCUUGACCCUAGCCACUUCCGUCCGACACCUCUCGGCCAAAUUGUCAGGUGACAACCUCGACUACCUUGCCAUGGCCAUCGCUUUCGUCCCCUCCCGAUUCCUGCCCAAAGGCAAGAACAAAAAGUACACGAUCGAGGAUGUCCAAGGCAUGUCCGCGGAAGAGAAACGAGAGGUUGCCAAGACGGUGGGCGAGUCCAUCGAGGUGUUCCUCAAGACGGUCGACAUGGAGACCAAAUUGAGCGAAUGGGAAGUGCCGAAAGAGGAUUUGGGACCGAUCGGGGAAAAGAUC